AUGUGGGUUUUCUAUCAUGGCUUGACACCAACAACCUCUGCAGAGCUGAUCAAUGAAGUAGGCCAAGUGCACGAGAAUGACCCUAUCAGCGUUGUACUCACCUGUAGUGCGGCCUUACCUAAAUCUAUGGGCGCCAUGCAUCCCGCCGGGUCUCUGUAUGAGAAACCUGUCAAUAUCAUGGAUACAAUCAGGCAGCACGAGAAAUUCAAAGAGCUUUUGAGAGAGAACGGUGCUACAGUACUGGACGUGAAGCAGGUGCUUUCUGAAGAUACUAACAAGUUCGUGAACGCAAGAUUGGAUCUUGAAAACCUAGCCGCUAGUAUGAUGACGUACCAGCUCGACCCUACCUGUGAUGAUCGCCUGCUGAACAAAGACGAUAGGUACUACUUAGGAAAUGCUUACAAGGCCAAAGUUCUGAGUGCCAUGUCGGCAUCACAACUAGUUGACGUUAUUCUGACGCGGCCCACAGUUACUCUUACCCCCAGUUUAAGAGAUACGGGAUUCACUGCUGCAUAUCAGCUCUUUCCGCUCAGUAAUGUAGUCUUCACUCGUGAUCAACAGAUUACAACGAAAAAAGGUGUUGUUAUGUGCAAUCUAUCCUCCAAGCAACGAAAGGCCGAAACCGAAGUGAUGUCAUUUGUGUGGAAAAAAUUGGGCGUUAAGGUCAUCGGAGAAAUACCCGAUCCGGGACGCUUGGAAGGUGGUGACUUCUUCGCGCUGGGCGAUUCAUGUAUGAUUGGCGUGGGUCUGCGUACCAAUAUGGAGGCUAUCCAGUACAUGAUGGAUGAGGAUCUGCUGGGUUACAACAAAAUUCAGGUGAUCAAAGAUGAGCUGGAGGUGAGCCAGGACCGUAUGCAUCUGGAUACCUACUUUUCAAUUCUAGACGAUCAUACCGUGUGCGUUAUGGAAGAAUGUUUAGGAGAGGAUAGCAAUACGCGCCGAUAUGUGGAUGAGUAUGUGAGAAAGGAUGAGAAUUCGUCCUACGAAAAGGUUCAAAGCGACGUUGAAUUCGCACAGUUUUUGAAGAACGAGGGUUACGGCGUCAUCCAUAUCCCUGGCGACUACCAGCUUAAGUACGGCUGUAAUUGUCUCAACCUGGGUAACGGCAAUGUGCUUUGUGUUCACCUGCCUACUGCCCGCAUGAUUGCAGCGUCUCCGUUGUUCAAAGGAAAGAUUCAGUAUCUGGACUUCGAUGGAAUCACAGCACUAUAUGGAGCUGCACAUUGUGCCAGUCAAGUAGUACGACGUAUACCCCGUGCAGGCACGAAGUAACUCGCCGCGCGAUACGCAUUGAUGUAUUGGCGGUAGUACAUGGAUGAAGCAAAUGAGCUCUUCUAUAUGUUCCAGAGUUAAUUAAAUAAUUAGCGAAGAUGUGCUUUUACUCGA